AUAAAUAGUUAAUAAAAAUAAUAAAAGCAGGAAAAAAAAAAGGGAACAACUCUGAUCAAAGAGAUUGAAGGGCUUGACAAUGAGUUCUCAACAAGCUUUGGCAGCAGUUAAAGUAUAUCGUGACAUUCUCAAAGCAGUGAAAAAACACAUUGGAAAUGAAGAUUACAAGAAGCAUUUUCGUGAGUAUGUUACACAAGAAUUUAGGAAAAACUGUCAACUUUCAGACCCUUUUUUGGUUACCCAAAAAAUCAAGCUUGCCAAUGACUAUACUUUUUUACUUAACAGUGUGCAUCAUCACAAGGACUUAUUGUUCUCUUACAAUAUAGCAGUAGAUAGGUCAGAUGAAAUGAAAAGAAUACUUGGAAAAUCAGCUGCUAGUGUUGGCCUUCAGCUUCCUGAAGUUUAUCAGCCUUGAUAUCAGUGGCUGAUAAUUUUCAUCAUCCUCUUCGUCAAGGGGAGAAUUUUGCCUUCCUCAUUCUAUAAUUGGUGUGAAUUCAGUUGGAACAGAUCCUUGUCAUUUAUAUCUAUAAUUUGUGCCCUGCCAACCAAUUGAAACCCUGGUUUGAUUGACUUUUUUUUUAUUAUGACUGAAUUAAACUCGUUAAUGCUGCUUGAGCCUUGAAGAAGCUGCAAGGAGCUGUUUUGUUAAAAGUUUAUGCUGUUUGAAGCUAGGGAGGAGAUGAUUAUCUGUUUUUCUUCAUCAGGUAUCAUGCUAUUUCAUAUAAUUCAUAAGUUAGUUUUUAUGAGACAAGUUAACUAUUGAUCUUAUCCAAGAUGUUCUGCCUGAUGUAUUGUGAUUCUUGGUCGAAUCUCCUGAUAUUAUUGUAGUUAUCAUUUUCAGUUAAGUGUUCACCUCGAUGGAGUUCUGGCAUUUUGUGUAUCUCCAUUUCCCAGCAGUAGUGUUCCUAUUGUGGUUGUUCUAUCAAAUUCCUGAUCCAAGCUGUGCCCAUAAAUUGCAUCUUUGAACACAAAAUAACAUGAUUGAAAGGAUCCAUGUCAACAGAAAUCAACAGCAAACUCUUUUAGUUCAAUAAGAAACAUCUGCACCUACCAUUGGCCCUAACACCUUGGUACAGCAGGCUUUUCUAUGUGGAACUUGUCGGAGCAAAACUCCCUUGAGUGCCACAGGUUUUUAGAAUUUGUAGCUGCACAGGGUUCUGUCAUUGAUGCUCACUUGGCCUGCACAUUUUCUUACUGAAUCGGACUGCAUUAGUUAGUGAACAAGCCAGACUUAACCCUUGAAGUCUAUUUCCAUCAAGGUUUCAGUGUCCUUCUCUUGUUCUCUGUGA